CAAGAUAGCGGCUCUGUUCAUGAAGGUGGGCAAGAGCUUUCCUCUGGCGGAGGAGCUUUGCAAGAAGGUGCAAGACCUGGAGCAGCUUAUUGAGAACGCACGAAACCAAGUCCCGGGCGUCCCGGAGAACGUGCGCAAAGUGCCCAAGCUGCCCAACCUGUCUCCUCAAGCCAUCAAGCACCUCUGGAUCCGCACAGCCCUCUUCGACAAGGUCUUGGAUAAAAUCGUGCAUUACUUGGUUGAGAACUGCAGUAAGUACUAUGAGAAGGAAGCUCUCCUGAUGGAUCCCGUGGAUGGGCCAAUCCUGGCAUCUUUACUGGUGGGGCCCUGCGCGCUGGAGUACACCAAGAUGAAGACAGCCGAUCACUUCUGGACAGAUCCCUCGGCCGACGAGCUCGUUCAGAGGCACCGGAUCCACAGCUCGCACUGUCGCCAGGACUCCCCGACCAAGCGCCCUGCGCUCUGUAUUCAGAAAAGGCACUCGAGCGGCAGUAUGGAUGACCGACCAUCCCUGUCUGCCAGGGACUACGUGGAGUCCCUGCACCAGAACUCCCGCGCCACGCUCCUCUAUGGCAAAAACAACGUCCUGGUGCAGCCACGCGACGACAUGGAAGCAAUCCCGGGAUACCUGUCGCUUCACCAGGCUGCCGACAUCAUGGCGCUGAAGUGGACUCCCAAUCAGCUGAUGAACGGCUCCGUGGGGGAUCUGGACUACGAGAAGAGCCUAAGCUCUAAAAUUUCCCAGUGUCAAGAUGUGACCAAAGAAGAGAGGAGCCAGAUGACAAAUGUGUACUGGGAUUAUGCCAUGACCAUUCGCCUGGAGGAAAUCGUCUAUUUGCACUGCCACCAGCAAGUAGACAGUGGUGGGACUGUUGUCUUGGUGAGCCAGGAUGGGAUUCAGCGGCCUCCGCUGAGGUUCCCCAAAGGAGGACACUUGCUACAGUUCCUGUCCUGCCUGGAAAACGGCCUCCUACCCCAUGGGCAGUUGGAUCCACCCCUGUGGUCGCAGCGGGGAAAGGGGAAGGUGUUUCCCAAGCUGAGGAAGCGAAGCCCCCAGGGCUCCUCCGAGUCUGCGUCCGACAAGGAAGACGACGAAGCCACAGAUUAUGUUUUCAGAAUAAUCUAUCCAGGGACACAGGCUGAGUUUGUGCCCCAGGACCUGAUGGACACGCAGGCGGGUGGCCUGCCUCCCAUGUGGCAGCCGAGCACCCGCAAGUCCUCCUGCUCCUCCUGCUCCCAGAGCGGCUCCUCUGACGGCGGCCCGUCCAACGGCUGCAGCCACGAGAGAGCCCCACUGAAGCUCCUGUGUGACAAUAUGAAGUACCAGAUCCUCUCCAGAGCUUUUUAUGGAUGGCUGGCCUACUGCAGGCACCUGUCCACCGUGCGCACCCACCUCUCUGCACUGGUUAACCACAACAUCGUGUCUCCAGACGUGCCCUGCAGCGCCAGCUCGGGCCUCACCGUGGACAUCUGGCAGAGAUACCUGCAGGACAGCACGAGCUACGAGGACCAGGAGCUGCUGCGGCUGAUCUACUAUGGUGGCAUCCAGCAUGAGAUCAGGAAGGCCGUCUGGCCCUUCCUUUUGGGCCACUAUCAGUUUGGGAUGACGGAGGCGGAAAGGAAGGAGGCUGACGAGCAGACGCGCACGUGCUACGAACACACCAUGGCCGAGUGGCUGGGCUGCGAGGCCAUCGUCCGGCAGAGGGAGAAGGAGUCGCACGCCGCAGCCCUGGCCAAGUGCUCGUCCGGGGCAAGUCUGGAUUCCCACAUUCAGAGGAUGAUGCACCGAGAUUCGACCAUCAGCAACGAGUCUUCGCAGAGCUGCAGCUCCGGCCGACAGAACCACGCGCGGCUGCAGAGCGACUCCAGCUCCAGCACACAGGUGUUCGAAUCAGUUGAUGAAGUGGAACAGACUGAUGCAGAUGCUCAGCUGGAAGAUGGCAAACAAGGCAAGAUCCCCAAUGGGACGGUUCCCAACGGCACAUAUUCCCCCGACUCCGGCCAUCCAUCUUCCCAGAACUUCUCCAUCACGUCGGGAUUCUCAGAGCGCAGCUUCAGCAAUGAGGACAGCGCCCUGGAAACCACCAAAUCCUCAGCGAGUUCCCAGGGAAAGGGCAGUGGGUCCGAGGUGCCAGCCCCGCAGAGCUCAGACCCUGUCCUGCAGGGGCACGGGCUGCAGGGCCAGGACAGCCUGGAGGGCGAGUUUCCCCCCAGCAGCGGCAUGGGCUUCGGCGCAGCGGGCGAGAGCGCCGUGCUGCAGGACCGCGACGCUGUGGCCCUCACUGUGGUGGAGAGCUGGGCAGACAGCGAGGCUGAGAAGCAAAGCCUGGUGGAGAGCGAAGAUAACCUCUCCGAGGAGCCCGAGAUGGAGAGCUUGUAUCCGCAGCUGGAUUCCCUGGCUGUCACUGAUCUGGCCAACAAUGAGGCAUCGCCUGUCUCCUCGUCGGGCGUCACCUACUCUCCAGAGCUGCUGGACUUGUACACUGUGAACCUGCACCGCAUCGAGAAGGACGUGCAGCGCUGCGACCGCAACUACUGGUACUUCACCCCCGCCAACCUGGAGAAACUGCGCAACAUCAUGUGCAGCUACAUCUGGCAGCACAUCGAGAUCGGCUACGUGCAGGGCAUGUGUGACCUGCUGGCCCCUCUCCUGGUCAUCCUGGAUGACGAGGCUCUGGCUUUCAGCUGUUUCACCGAACUUAUGAAAAGGAUGAACCAGAAUUUCCCCCAUGGGGGAGCCAUGGACACCCACUUUGCUAACAUGAGAUCUCUGAUCCAGAUUCUAGACUCUGAGCUAUUUGAGCUCAUGCACCAGAAUGGUGAUUACACUCAUUUCUACUUCUGCUACCGAUGGUUUCUCCUGGACUUCAAGAGAGAACUGGUGUAUGAUGAUGUAUUUGCUGUCUGGGAGACCAUCUGGGCAGCUGCACACGUUUCCUCUGCGCACUAUGUGCUCUUCAUAGCCCUGGCUCUGGUGGAAAUGUACCGGGACAUCAUCUUGGAGAACAACAUGGAUUUCACAGACAUCAUCAAGUUUUUCAAUGAAAUGGCCGAGCGGCACAACACCAAGCAGAUCCUGAAGCUGGCCCGCGAUCUCGUCUAUAAAGUCCAGACUCUGAUCGAGAACAAGUGAGGGACCUGGGUAAGAAGAGACAUCCAGACAAAGAGCCGGGACGCCCCUCCGAUGCUUCCUGCCCCCUCGGUUCCUGAAGUGCCACACCUGUGGAAAUAAGGUAGCUGGACACCUACUGUUUCCUCAAGUGGAAGUACCUUUAGUUCUAUCAGUGCUGUGUUCAGUGUUAGGUCCGGGGACCCUGGCUCCGUUCUUCUCGGCAUUCUGCAGUGACUUGACCAAAGAUCUGUACAAUUGCAUUUUCUUGUUAAAGACUUGCUUUGGAAGCAGAGCCCGGGCAGACACUUCUUGCCUUGCUGCAGUAGAAGUGCAGCCUGUUUGGUUACCACUACAACUGCAAAGGCAGCUGCCAGCAUCCCGGGGAGAGCAGGGCUGCCAGCCUCCUUGGGCCCCCGUGGGCUCCACAGCCUUUGCUGCAAGGAAAUAAAGCUGCUUCUUGGCCGGCAGGGCACCCAGCCAGCCCUGCAAGCCCAGGCAAGACCGGGAUGCUCUCAAUACUGUCUUUCUAACAAGCAGUAUGAGGUUCUACCAGGAACAGAGAGGGACUUUGAACACAGAAGUUUCUCUUCUUUGAUCUUGCCCCUUGGUGCAUAGCAUCACCCUGGGGUUUUUACACUUUUUUGUUACUCUAGAAAUUGAGCACACAGAGUUUCCACUCGAGGGGGAUUUUCAGAAGAGCUCUGAAUUCAGCAUUGGAUUUCUCUUUCAAAAUCCAGCCUCUGCAGUGGGCUCCAAGCACUAGAAAAUCUGGUCCUAACCUCACCUGGGGACUCCAGAGCUGAGGUUUUCAUACCUGCCUUAUCUCGCUGCCUGCGUUAGGAGCCUGGUGUCCCUGUGGCUCCCGCAGCCGUGCGGGGCAGCUCCUUGGAAGGCAAGUCAAGGCUCCCGACCAUGGUGGCUUUUCUGACUCUCCCUCCCGAGGUGCCUGUCUCUUCCUCUGGGAACUAAGCGCCCGGUUGCCCGUGGCCAGCCCGUGCAAGCAGCCCCACGGUGCCUGCAGGGCUGGGCUGUGCGUGCGGAGCCCUCUGCUCUGCAGGCAGCCUCCGGCCGGGCUUGGCCACUGCUCCCCGCUGCACCCGGAGGAGGGACCCGGGAGACCCGGAGGCGGCCGCCUUGGAAGACACGGGCAGGGGCUCUCCCGCUGCAGCACCCUGGGUCCCUGCAGCACACUGGGUCCCUGCAGCACCCCAGGGCCCAGUGGCACCCCGGGGCUGCGCUGCGGGACCUUUGCAUCCCUUUUCAACUCAGGUAAAAAACACAAAGGAAAAGGAGAGGGGUGGGUUGUUCUUGGGUCUGGAUCAGGCAGGGAGGGCUUUCUCGUGGCCCAGGACACGGCCGUGACCGCGUGCUCCUAGCAGCGGGGCACACGCUUUGUUGGAGCUCUCUCUAAGGGUCCUUGCUCUCAAGUUUUGCUGCAAAAAUCUGUAUUCCCUGCCC